UCCCCCUGUCGUUGCAGCACAUCCAAAUGCUACUGAAGACAGGAAAAAGGGGGACAAACUAUUGCUUUUAACAGGUUUCUCGGACGCGUAGGACUGCGGCUGGCACGGUUGGACGCGGGGGUUAUUUGACGGUACGAGGCGCAGCGGCUUCCUUGGCGGUAUAGGAGGGAUCGGACGAGCUUGCCUUGCCUGCCCGCUUGCCUGGUGUGGACCUAUAGCCAGCUACACUUGUGCACAACCCCGAGAGGAGAGGAGGGGAGGGAGAGUCGUGCUAACUUUCUCCCCGCUUGCCGCCUCAUAUCUCCGCUGUGAUAUUCCAUACGGCCAGACUGGGGCCAGACCGCUAAACCUACGCUCCGCCCAACAGCCUGUGUUUGGAUGAGCGCUGGGAGCAAAUGUAAAGAAACAACAUUGAACAGCGGAAGACAGAAGACCACCAAGGGCGGAGACGAAGCAGGCUGGCACCGCAACGCGCCGCAUGCAGUGGGGGCUGUGGAAAUCAUUAACCCAACAACAAGCACACACAAUAUGACAGGUUCUGUCCCACUUCUGGAUCCUUGAGGUGCCCGUCCUGCUCCAGCCCGGGCCCCUCCCUCUCAUCCCUCACCCCUCUUCCUCGGCUCACCUCCGCACCGCUGUAGCUUCACGUCCGGCCGCGCCCACCACUCACGUCACCAGGGGGAGCUCCCGAGACCCCCCCUCCCCUGCAGCGGGGGACGGGACCCUGUCAUGCUCAAAUAACUGAUUUUGCGCCCCCACCCCAACCGUCGAAUGACAAGUGUGCAUCCGAGGGCGGGGCUUGCCUCAGUCUCUCCUGAUUGGCUGCUGGAUGGAAUUGAGGUGAAUGGAACACAUGCCCAACGAGCAGGACUCUAACCCAUCAGAGGGAGAAGAGAAACGGUGGCUCAAUGGCCCGAAGAGGAAGAGAAAGAACAGCCAAUGUUCGGUGAAGAGUGUGACUGGGUACAUACCUAGCUACCUCGAGAAGGAUGAGCCAUGUGUGGUAUGUGGGGACAAAGCUACAGGCUAUCACUACAGAUGCAUUACCUGUGAAGGCUGCAAGGGUUUCUUCCGCAGGACUAUUCAAAAGAACCUCCACCCCACCUACUCCUGUAAGUACGAUGGCUGCUGCAUCAUCGACAAGAUCACACGCAACCAGUGCCAGCUGUGCCGCUUCAAGAAGUGCAUCGCGGUGGGCAUGGCUAUGGACUUGGUGUUGGACGACUCGAAGCGUGUGGCCAAGAGGCGUCUCAUAGAGGAGAACAGAGAGAAGAGGAAGAAGGAGGAGAUGGUGAAGUCUCUGCAGGUCCGCCCCGAGCCUACGGGGGCAGAGUGGGAACUCAUCCGCCUGGUCACCGAGGCCCACCGGCACACCAACGCUCAGGGCGCACACUGGAAGCAGAAGCGCAAAUUCCUGCCAGAGAAAAUUGGCCAGUCCCCCAUCGCCCCUUCGUCGGACGGAGACAAAGUGGACCUGGAAGCCUUCAGCGAGUUCACCAAGAUCAUCACUCCCGCCAUCACGCGCGUUGUCGACUUUGCCAAAAAACUGCCCAUGUUCUCAGAGCUGCCUUGUGAGGACCAGAUCAUCCUGUUGAAAGGCUGCUGUAUGGAGAUCAUGUCUCUGCGAGCCGCCAUGCGCUACGACCCUGACAGUGAGACGCUGACCCUGAGCGGAGAGAUGGCGGUGAAGAGGGAGCAGCUCAAAAACGGAGGGCUGGGCGUGGUGUCUGACGCCAUCUUUGACUUGGGCAAAAGCCUGGCGCAGUUCAACCUGGACGACACAGAGGUGGCACUGUUACAGGCAGUGCUGCUCAUGAGUUCAGACCGCUCGGGCCUCACAUGCAUGGACAAAAUCGAGAAGUGCCAGGAGACGUACCUGCUGGCGUUUGAACACUACAUCAACUACAGAAAGCACAACAUUCCCCAUUUCUGGCCCAAGCUCCUCAUGAAAGUGACUGACCUGCGUAUGAUCGGGGCCUGCCACGCCAGCCGCUUCCUGCACAUGAAGGUGGAAUGUCCCAACGAACUCUUCCCGCCCCUCUUCCUGGAAGUCUUCGAGGACCAGGAAGUUUGAAAUCACCAUGACAACACAUCAGAAAGGGAAGAGGCUGAAAGAUCGGGAAGUAGGGCCGUCAUUUUGUUUUUGGAAAAAGCCGACUCCAACGGCAGGAAUCGCGACAUGUAAACGUGGUUUUGAAACUGGAACAACUGACGAAUCCACAACUCACCAGCAACAAGAGAGUCAACCAACAGGGCUUUUGUUUUACCUCCUCCUUUUUAUGCUUUUUUUGAAAACCGAAAAUGGGGGCCCUUCUGUCUGAGCAUGAUGUCUUAUUUAGUCCGAGUUGUAGCCAUUUUGCCAAGAACGCGUAUAUAUAUACAUAUAUAUAUAAAAAUACACGUAAGACGACAAAACAAAGCCGCACCUCAGUCCUUCAUAUAGGGGACCGCUUCACCCCGUCCGAUUCGAUGUAGUCCUUUUAUACAUCACUGAUUUAUUGUUUUGUUGUUUUUUUUACAUAAAUUUUUCCAGCUUCCUCGCUAACCAGCACCUCUCAGUAUUAUGUCUGAAGUGUUAAGACAAACUAUACAAUACAAACAUGCGCACACUUACAUUCAGCAAGACACUGCACGUUGAAAAUUUCAGCUUUGUUGUACAAUGGCUGCUGUAAAAGCAAACCUACCAGACCUAACUAUAUCUGAGCCGUUACAGCUGAUAUGGAGCUCCUCAACUUCUUAAAUACUUGUCUCGACUGGUGCUAUAUUUUACAAAGCUCCUCCAGUUUUAUAAUUGUGUUAUCUACUUGCAGACCAUGGCUCCAUAUCUACCUUCAUGUGUGUCAUUGGACUGUCUCCGGUGGCACACACACACUCACACACACCCACACACACGCACACACACACGCACAGAAGUUAGUAGACCUGCUUUGUCAUUGCCUUCGCUGCCUUUGCCAGCAGCCGAGCAUCUUAUGAAUGACAAUUAAGUCCUUCUCUGUUCAAGGAGGCACUAAAGGAAGAAGGAGAGGAGAGAGAGGUGGAGAGAGGGAUGGAGACACUUAGGAGGCCAGCAGAGCCAUGUGGAAAUAAGAUUUAAUAGUUGGUGUGAGAUGCAGAGCCAGGGGUCAGAGGAGAUGUAUGCCUCCUGAGAGAGGAGGGCUUAAAGCAGCAGAAGGCAGCAGAGCUCAUGUUACAGACACUUCUCUAUCUCCUCUAAACAAACAGCACCACCUCAGAGUAACGAGAAUGCCUCAUUUACUGUUCGCACUGCAGCUCAGCAGUGUCUGUAUGCGCCCGUACCUGCAGGGUGUGGGGUCCUCCUCUAGGGGGACCCCUCUCAGUGCGGCCCGUCCAGGCUGAUCACACACAUGCCUUUACCCACGGGCCUCACUGAGUGCAGGCUAAUGCCAAGAAGGCUACUACAUUUACCUCAGACACACCCCGGGCUGUGCCCUGUGCUGUCAGGCACUACCUCACUCUGGACACAGGGCCGACACACACAGUCCAGUGUCACACACACGUACAGUCGUACACACACCUCAGUGCUGGUUUUAUGUGAUACCACUGAAGACAGGAGGGCCGGCCAUGCCCGCACAUGGAGGGCAUGGUACCCAUACAUUUGGCUUGUGUUUUUGUUUUUAUGUGGGACCAAGUGUCACCCAGAAGGACACUGCGGAUGUCCCGCCCAGCGGACACCCAACGAAGCCAGAUCCGAGAGUAACUCAAACCCACGAGGCCACGCCCGCUCGAAUAGAAAUGCAUAGAAAUGGCUUGAACAUCUUCCGGUACACUUCUGAUCAGCCACUGGAUAUUGUCCUAUUUUUUAACUAGUCAACAGAAGCUUUUCUGAUCUUCACGUUCUACCGGUGCUCACGACAAUAACUCCAGGUCCACUGCUCCGUCCACAGCAGUACUCACUACUCUCAGAUACAAAGGCAGAUAACUGUAUAACGUCAUCAGAAGAGGCCACUCUGUUCAUUCCAAUUCUUGGGGCCAAGCCAAAACUAACUGGGUUUACCACUCACUGCAUUGGAACAGGACAAAAAUAGAGACUGAAAUUGUUUCAUAAUUGAUGCCAAGCAGUAGACGAUACUGAGCACUUAACGAUGGCUAUUGUGCACCUCUCAGAAGACACCAGUGUGAAAUCAUAACCGCUCAAAGAUGGCUGCUCCUCACUGCUUCAGUUUGGCAGAUCAUUGGAGAAAGUGGAACGGCACAACAUCAAAUCGAAUCUCAUGCAAAUCCCGAGCCUCCCCGUCUGAUGUGACCCUCCCUGUGUCGUCGCCACGGCAGCCAGGCUGCGUGGAGGUUUUUGCACUACCGCAAUCCCCCCAAACCCCCAAACCCAAAUCACUUUGAGACACCAAUCGUUAGGCGCCUGCACAUGUGACCCUUCCCCAGGCGUCUGUACCUGCUCUGUUUAACAGAACAGCUCCUGUGGGCCCAGUCCCAAACCUGUCCCCCAGUCUCAGUAUUCAAACACAAAUAAUUGGAUUCAAGGGAUGAGAGGUCUGUCUGCUUUUCCUCUCCUUUGCUCCCUUUUUUUUUUUUUUUUUUUUUUUUUUUUUCAAAUCAACCCUCUCUUAUUCCCUCCCAACUCAAACAUGCAGUUUGUCCCAAAAAAAUAAUUGAACCCGACCCAAAAACCCAGGCCAUUUUCCUUGUGAGACAAGACUGGCCAAAAGUGAAUGAAUGUGAAACAAGCGGUGACGGAGAGCGAGAAUGUGCGCAUGUACGAGACGAGAGUUUGGGAUUAUGGAUUCUUUUUGAAAAACGCAGAGGGCUUAAAAAGAAACCCUCACUGCCAUUACAGACAUGGGUGCGAACGGGAUGGUUGUGAAGACAUUGUUAACUGGAGAAGGGAGGCACAGGAAUAUUAUGUACUCGCUCCCUUCUCAACACAACUCAUCCCUCAGACAGCUGACAACCCCUCAGCGUACCCCUCAGCUCCUUCCAAAAAGGAUAGUGAAAAUGUUUAAACCCACGAAAAGUCAAAGAGGAAAUAAUAGAGAUGCAGGUUUGGAAACACGUCUUUAAAAGAACUGUACGAAAGAAGAGGAGGAGAAGAAUCGUGUGUCCUUGUUGUUGUGAGCUGACUGGGUAUGUGUGCGUCACUCGGGGUUAACAACGCUGCUUGAUUUAGAAAAAGAAAAAAGCUAUAAGAAAUGAGUAUAAAUCCAUGAAACAAAAAUGAAAAGAUGACUUUAAAAAGACUCCUGAACAAAAAUUAUCGGAGAUUAAGCUUUUUUCAUUUUAUCAUUGUUUUUGUAUUUUUUUCUCUGUUUUUUGAUGCUUAAAAACUGCUCUGUGUAAAAGAUAAAAAAUACAGCUGUAGUCACUUUUGACCAUGCGUGCAGUGUAACAUAGAAAAACUAUUUCACUUCUUUUCCACAUCUGUAGUUUGUGUUGAUAAGCCAACUGAUUUGUCCGUGUGUCUGUCCAGUUGUCCGUCCCCUUUUAUCAGGAGGAAUCUUUCAAACAACAAAACAGGAAUCUUUUUUUUUUCUUUUUUUUUGUAUUUUGUUUGUUGUUUUUUUAAUGAAAUACAACUUUGGAAAGAAAAGUUUAAAAACACAAAACACAAAAAAAUUAUACAAAGAAAAAAUACUAUUAAAAAAAGUUACACAAUCUUAUCAUACCUCACACAACACGAAACUCAAAGGAACUUGGGAGGAGUCAUAUUUUGCAGGCACAUGUACAAGUGCAAAAAUGCAUAUUAUAAAAGUCUAUGUUCAGAUAAUACUUGCUUGUCUGUACGCAUCAGUACAAGUUACAAAAGGAACAACUUCAUCGAGCUGCGGGGCCUUUUCUAAAAUUGGACUAAGGCGGGGGCUAUCGGGAUGCGUAUAUUGGGGACAUCCUGUUUUAACGGCACAGCGGAUAGCAGAUUGUAGACCAUUUAAAAACCUAAAAAUGUGAACGCCCCGUAGCUAGACUGAAGCUUGACUUUUGUAUUAUUUCUGAGUGUUUUUUGGUAAUGAAUGUAGCUGACAGGAGGGGCCUGGACCUGAGCCCGGCGCCCUACAACCUAUAACUUCCACACACCAGCAGAACCAAUAUAGUGGUGUCACAUAGACGUUACCAACCAACCUACAAAACUGAGAAAUCUAUUGCCCGUCUGCAAGGUGCAAUACAAUGUUGUAUGUAUUUUUCUAUGUUCUGUUUUUUGAUUUCCAUUUUUUUGUUUUUGUUUUCUUUUGGCCAUAACCAAGGAUGUAAAUACAAAAAAAAAGAUUUAAUAAUAACAGACCUACAAAACACUCAAUGUACCAAGAUAUAUAAACUACAGUGAACUCAUCCGCUCCAUCCUGAUUGUCAUGUAGCUCAAAGAUGUCUGCUUACAUACAUCUGUCUAUAUAUGUAUGUGUGCACUUUCACUAUGGUGCAUGACGUUAAUCAUUGAAAACCUGUGCCUCCUCUUGUUCACAAAGAGAUAGAUUUUUCUUACCCCUCAUGUUGUCGCAGUGGCACUAGUCUGUGUAGUGUCUAAAUCAGAUUAUACCAGUCCCCCUCUUCCCUGACGACGGAGCCCGGUGCUGCCAGUGGCCACAGCGGCGCAAAGGUUAGUGGGGCGCAGAGGGGGAGGGGUUAGGGGUCACGGGAUAUUAAUAGAUCGUAUAGGACUUAAAGUGCAUAUGGCAGGUUAGACUUUCACGAAAAUAUAGUGACAUCAUUAUAUUUAAGCUUUUACUUUAUAAAAAAAAAAGCUUGAAAUUUACUUGGAUACAGGCAGCAAACAAAAAGUGUUCUUUAACUGUUACCUAGCAACCGUAAUGAAACUCAAACUUGUCUAAAUUGCAGAAUAGUUACGAUUAAACUAAUAAAAAUAAACAAUAGCACCUUUAUUUUUUUAAAUGAAUUGUCAGAAAAAUGUCAGAAAAAUGCCUUCCUUGUGCAUAAAUUGUCAGCAUAGGUAGAAAUAUUCCGUUUUAGAAUUAAGCGCUACUUCCUCUAUUUUUCGGUGUAAAAAUAUGAUAAAUAUUUUCCACAGGUACUACCCCCAAUACCCCCAGUAAUUAUCAGACAAACAUGAACACCUGUCAUAUGCACUUUUAUCAGGUUCAAGCGUGCGUUUUGGAGCACUGGCUGCUGGCUGCAUGGCUCUGUCUCAGGUGGAAAGCGCUCCUCAUUUUGACCACCACUGCCUCACUGGAGCCAGAUAGAAAAUCUCACUCGAUGCUAGUUACUAACGCAGAGAAUAAAAAUGUUAAAAUAUAGGGUUAGGGCUAUGGGUUAGAGUUUGUAUACAUGUUGCAUUGCUUUUAAUGUAAUGCAAUUUUGGGGCAUCUUAAAAACACUACAAAUAUAUAAAUCUAACUAUAGCCUGAUAAAAAAAAGUACUUCAAAAUAGAAAGAAAAUACCUACCUGGCUAAUGUUUGAUUGAUAAAAGAACUUACAAAGUACCUUUUUGCCUUUUUUUUUUUCUUUUUUUUUUUGUUGUCUGUUAAGAGUUCCCACCACAGAUUGGCACUGGUUGAUAUAAUCAUAUGUUGUCAAGUUCCAUAUUUUACUAUUUGUUAUGUAACGUGUAAUGUUGGUGCACUAGGCCACCAUUACCUAAAUUGAAAACAACCAACUAUGUAAUUUGGACAUAUGCAUAUGGUUUUAGAUCAGAUGCCCUGUAGAAAUGGGUAGUAGUUGAAAUGAGAAACUUUUCCAUGUGAAGGUUUUCUAGGCUGGCUCCUUCAUAAAUGCUCCAUGGAUGUUCUGAUCAUGUUUUGUUCUAACAUGUUGACACAUUGGUCAAGGGUUAGAGAUUGUCUGUGCUGUUUUUUGGUUUUUGGUUGUGUUCAGUUCCCCCUCCCCUAUGCCAAAUGUAAAGUUUAUGAAGACAUGCAAGUAGCAAGAUGUCUAUGCAAUUUCCCUCUAAGUCCCUCUGAGUGGCAAACCUCAUUGUUAACAGCAGAGUCCGAAUCCGAUCAGGACCAGGCGGUGAAUCCAGAGGUUCUUUGACCCUAAAAAGCAAAGACCCUUGCUACUUUGUCCUGGGGCAAGGGUCUGGACUGACCCACAGACCGGUCAGUCCGGGUCCCGAGAACUAGUCGGAGGGGAACUGGGGAUGUUGUGGAGAAUAAGAUGUUUGUAAACUGUUCAGAAAGUUUUGUGUGUGCGCGUGUAUCUGUCGUUCAGUGGGCUGGGUCUCAUUUCACCAGUGCUCUCACAUUCAGGUGGGUGGAUCCAAGUUUGAAUCAAAAAAAUUUCAGCAACUCCAUAAAUCAAAACCGUUUCCAAAACGCGUGUGAGAAGCUUUAAUGUUUUUACUUUGACUAAAGAAAUGUAAUGUCACUGCGGGUUUUGUCAAUCAGUGGGACUAGUUUACGUCAUUUUUUGCAAUCAGAAAUGUUUAAAAAUCGCCCAACUGAAAAGACAACCUGCUGACCCUCUAUUCUUCUUAAGCACUUAAACAAGAAGCACUUUGAAUGCCCCCAACCAACCCCAUUGUAAAUGGAAGAAUCAUGGUUGAUAUGAGUACUUAUUAAACUGCACCCAAUGCCAAAUGCCCUUUGCACCAUUUGAAUUAGCUUAAUCCUUUAUUAGAAAACAGCCUUUAGGCUACAGCCGAACGACAAAUUAUUAAGUUUACAAGUCUUUUUAAUGAAGUGCAAUAAGUGAGUGAAUGCUGUGUUUCUGCUCCAAUCAAGUCGCCCUGCCAUUUGUGGACAGAAUUAAUCUUUGGAAAUAGCUUUGUAAAAUUCCCCUUCACCUUGGAGAGCGCUGGCCCCUCCCCCCUGCAGCUCCGAUCCACGCGCACACCACACACAGACCACUUAUUGUGACUGGGUCAAGGAAGCUAUUGAAGGAUUCUCUCAGGUAAAAGAACAUUUUCUAAUAAAUGAUGAUGAACCUUAGACGAAAACAACAUUGUUACUUGAUGUUUUGUGUCUUCUUGAGUCUGUUCUGUGACGGUACCUCACCCUUACUGCUCUUUACAUCCAUUCAUGCUUUUAGUCUGGUUCUGUCCGGAUGGGAAGCUCAGUUUUAGUCAUGUGACACACCACCAUUUUGAAAAGCCAAUAUUAUUAGUCGGAUUCAAGAUCAUGAUUAUAUUCUCUUUUUCUUAAAGUGCCAGCAGCAAUAUCCAGGUCUGCCAUAUACAAAUACUAUAUCUAGAGUCUUUUACAGUUUCCUUUGGAGCUUUCCGUCCACGCCCUGGUUUCUCAGUGUGCUUACUUGGCUGUAACAUACUGGAUGGUUCCGCAUGGCUACCACAUUAAGGCUGUGCAUGUACAUAGGUGCGCAUGUAUCUCCGUUUCCGUGGUGCGUAUGAAUGAAUGUGUGUGCGUACGGCGCUGAUAUCUGACCUGCUUUGCUUUUUGUUACCCCUUAAACCUUUUUAAAAAUAUACACAAAUAUAAGCACCUUUUUUGGCCGCAACGCUUUGGUACAAGUUGCGUACUUGUUACUAUUACCUUCGAAGAAUGUAACUCAUUAAGUGUUCACUGGGCUGAGGGGAGGAACAAGAUGUAGUGGGAAAACAAGAGGUGGAGUUGUAAGAUUUGGGCGAUUUUUCAAAGAGUUUUGACAAAUAGGAGACAAAUUGUUGCCAGCAGAGCAGAGAUUACUGCGGCGGUUGCAGUUUGAGGCGUUGUAAUUUUGUUUCCUUUUCCAAAUGAUGGCCUUAUUGAUUGUUGCUGCCUCCUGUGUAGCAUUGUUUUACAACGUGUUAUAGGGCACUGGAGGAUUUUUCUAGAAGAGAAAUGCAUGCUGUACAGUCAAUGGGAUCUGAGUGAAUUAGCGUGGCAUUUUGUAGCUGUCCAGGGGAAUCCCUCGAGUGAUUUCGAUAUUAAACAGACACAUAUAAAGACCAUAGCUUUUUCAUGUCACUACAAUAGAAGGCAGUGGGGAUAAUGAAGCUCUUGAGAUGCAAACUAAUGUGUUGAAUCAGCAUGUAGGAUCACACGGAACAAAUUGCAAAUUAAACAGUGUUAUAUGACUGUUAUGAGACAAAUCCGAAAAUUACCCAAUCAUAGCACACCGCGCCAUUCCGGUCUCUGGACACCUGCUAGAUUUCAUAGGUUACCGUAGAAACGCUAAAUUCUUUCUAAACUAGCACUUACCGUUUCUGUGUGGACGGCUUCUUACAGUGUUAAGCGUCGCUGAGAUUAUCUACACAAAGAUUUAAUGGCACGAACUGUUAAAAGCUAAAGCUGACAUUAUGUAUUAAGGCAACAUGGUGUUUAUCUGUUCAUAAUGGACUUCGCUGACAUUUUUGAAAGGUUUUUUUAAAAGUAUGCUCAAAUAUUGAAGAUCUCUGCCUACUGUGCUGAGGCUUUGGACCUAUCUCGCAACAGCAUACAGUAGUUAUACAAUAUAGAAGUAGAUAAACGAGAAGUUAAAGCAGGGGUGGGACUUGAAAGACAGAUAUUUUGUCGGGAUAUUUCAAUAACAUGGGAUAUAUUUUCUACAUAUCCCGUGUUAUUUUUUCUCUUAUAAGGUGGAUUACCAAAAAAAAAACUGCAUCCAUCUACUCCUGGUCUGGCCCUUCUGUCAAAUUUUAGAUCCCUUUGUGACCCACGAGUCAAAAAAAUUUGCCACCCUCUGAGUUAAAGAAUUACUGCUCCACCAUUCUUUGUAUGAAAUGUCUUGCCCAAGGACACAAUGACAGUCUCCAUUGGGUCAGACUUCAAUAAUACAAUAAGGCCAUAGUUUAAAGUUUAAGCCAUACACUCCAAAUUGUCUGGUUGUCUGCGAUGCCAUUUUGUGAUGCCAUGACAACAGAAAACUUUGCACAAUUUGGGAAGCCAUUACACUGAGUUGAAAACACUUAAAUUUGUUAAGCGAAGCCCACAAUUCUGCAUUAUGUUGUCUUAAUACUUAAUCUCAAGGUUUAUUUUUUACAGUGUCGUGAUAUUCUUUUAAACGGGUAGGAAUUUGUAUGCCUAGACAGCAAAGAAUGUAACCAAAUAUAUAUAUAACACAACACAAUAUUGGUACAGUAUGAAUUUAAGCUAUACAAGAGAAUUGAUUGGUAUUGUGCGAAUACAUGUGUUCUAGUUUGAGGAGAUGUGUUCUUAUAACUCUAAUAUAUGCAAUGCUUUGUUUAGGGGGGUUCAACGAAAGAAUUGGGUUGCUCAGGUUUGACAAGCCGGCCUUAAAGGGUGCUUCUCCCUCUCCCUAUGUCCAUAACCCUGUCUUGUGUCCCUCACCACAUCUCUCUGAAAAAAUACCAACUUCUUCGGCACAUACAACAAUAAAAAAAAAAAAAAACAAUGCAAAACCGGAAAUCUCUUCUCAGCUGUCUGGACAGUUUUUCCACUCUCCGUAGCAGGUCCAAGCCACUUAUUCAACACCAGCAAAAAAACACCAACAACCACCUCUUUACGGCUCCGAUGUCCACCAGGAAAUGUAAUUCUUACCACCUUCUUGCUGUCUACGAGCCGAAACUGUUGCAUGUACAUAUUUGCGAUGUAUAUAGUCUGUAUUUAAAAAACUGAGCAAAAACACUAUGCUUUUGAAGACUUCACAACAGCAGAUAACGGUGGACGAUUUCAAGUCCUUUCAAAGUCCUGCAGCAGUUGCCGUUGGUGGUGUUUUUAAAAGCGAUUUCUGCAUAUGUUGUACAACUGUCUGUAAAACUGUAGUGUCUAUCUUGCGGUCCACUCUACCAUAAUGUAACAAAAGUGGCCUGAAUCUUCACCUGCGAAGAACACAUUGCUAUGAAUAUUUAAAGAAACUUAACGCUACGGUGUUGACAUUGUGAAACCGUUUACAUUUCGUGAUUUAAAAACAUAUAUGGUCUGGACAGUGCAUUUUGAUUGGCAAGCAAAUGGUUAAACCUCAACAAUCUGUGAAGUUCUCUGGGUUUUUGUUUUGUUUUGUUUUUUUAAAAUAUAUUUUUACUCUGUUUAUCUCAAGGACUAAGUUGAGCUGGUCUGUUUCUCACACACAAACGUGACUUCGGAGAAAAUCUAUCCAAAAACCAGCAGCCGAAAAAUAUAUAUAGAUCUAUAUAUAAAGACGUAUAUAGCCUCUGAUACCAACAACCACAAAGCUAGCUAUAAUCGUUCACCACCACAAUAACGUUGACGUCCUUUCAGAUAUUUAUAUUUUUUGUACGGCUCCUUUAAGAGUUCCCUUGCUUCACUGUGACGGUGGCAAAGGCUGCUGGGAGACGAAAAACGAAAAUAGCGAGAGUUACAGGAGAUACUCAGGGCCCAUGAUAACAGGUCUUGCUUGGGUCGGCGUUAAGCAGGUGCCAAAGACAGGAUCUUCUAGUUGGUUAUGAAUGAAGUUAAGUCUGGAGAUUUUCGUUACAAAAAAGUCAGGCUGGACCUAAACCGAGGCGUUGUCGCGUGAGAAACUUGUGGUGGUUGAGAAUGUGAAACCAAAGGCAACGUGGAUCCACAUAAUAAUGAAUGAAAGCAGAGGAGAGUGAUCAAGUUCACCUUAGGCUACAAACCCACAGACAGUGAGUACAGUGUGCGGGAGAAGCAUGCCAUUUACCAUAAAAAGACAAGGCUGCGGCCAUCUUGGAUAGCAACAGGAACGGCUGAUCUAUCUUAAUCUUGCGACCAGAUUCCAUUAAGUCUUUCACGGAAAACCCAGAACACUGUUGGUCUUGUGCUGCCUCCAUUGUCUGGUACUGAGUGACUUCUCCACCUCACAAAAGCCAUAGGCAGACGAAGAAUGGGGGUUGUGGUUGUAGCCAAAAAGGCCAAGGAAAUCAACUCAAGGCUCGGCUGCGUAUCUCUGAUUGGAAUUUUAAUCGGCUACUUUAUAUUAUAUAGACUGAAGCAAUUUCACUUCAGUUUUAAAGCACAUUUAUGGUGCUUUUUGCUACAUUUAAAGAGUAGGUCCAUUAAUGACAUAAUUUAUUAUAAUGACAUUUCGUGGUAACUCUGAGAAAUGGGGAAUUAGGUAUAUUUAUGAGCUUUUAUGGUUUGGUUUUAAAGUAUCUUUUUUUGGUUGGAGGUCCAUCACUUUUGCUCUUUGCUUUUUUUUUUUUUUUACAAAUAUGUCAUUGCUCUGCCUGGGAUGUUCCACAGUAUGGCAUUAAACAACUCUACCUUACAUUUAUUCAGUUACAGUUGGGUUUAUAGCGCAAAAAUACCAAGAAAAACAGGUAUUCUGACUGCGAGCGAGGUUGAAUCUUCACAGAUCUGACCUGUAACUUGGUCUAGUUUGGUCUCCAUGAAGAUAGAAAGAUUUAAUACGAUACUGUGAAACAUUCCAGACAAAGCGAUAACAUCUUCACAGAGAAAAGCAUUUGAUGGAGCCUCCACCAGAAAAGUUCUAAAAAUGUGUUAAAAAUAUCCAAAGAAAUGCAAAUUACGACAACUUCGCUUCAAGGUUUUUGGCAAUAGGUAUUCCAAGUAUGCAAAAAUCUUAAAACUACUCCACUCUUCUACUGUCUAUGUCUAAAUCAGUUAAAUUCAUGUAGAAGGUAAAGUCUAUAGCAAUACAUGACAACUCAAAUAGUGGCAGAUGUUUGUACUUUGUGAAUUAUCAGUAAAAGACAAUGGCGAACACAAGACCAGCUCACGUUUUUUUCUUUUUAUUCUAAUAACUGAAUGGGACUCUUCAAAAAAAACAAAGCACAUUGGCAAACGACAUGCAAGGACGUACUGAAAAGCUUUAGGCGACGCUCUGGGCUAAAAAUUCACAAACUAAACUGAAAAUCCGUUGAAUAAUAAUAAGCUCCGAAUACCUACUGUGAUCUCCUCUCACACCACCCACUCACCAUUUCACCCUUCACCACUGGACCUGUCCCUCAGCCCCGCCCGGCCCACUCCUCCCUCACCCAAUGGCAAUCCACCCCCCGUCCUCAAGCACCACCCCUUUUACACAAGCCCCUCCCCCUGCCCCGUGGGUGGUGUGACGUCAGGUUGUUGUGGUGGGCUGCUUCUGACAGGUCCAGACAAUCAGCGUGUUUGUAAAUGUCAAUUCUGUGUGUGACUUUUCAAAUUCUUUGUUUAUGGUCAGGGUUUUAAAAGGCAGAUAUUUUUAUGGUAAUUGUCGCCGGGUCUAUUUUACUAUAUAUUUAUGUAAUAAAUAUGUGACUAAAUUGACAUCUCACUGGCUCUUUGGUCUGUUAUUGGUUUUAAUUCUUCAACCAGGUACAACAUUUGCUGGAAGAUUUUCAUUAAUGGACUAAUAAAUGAAAACACAAAAAAUA